AAAAACUUGGUUUUUAGUUAAUUCUGUUGUAUAUUGGAGAUAUUAGCUCUAAGAAUAAUCUCACAAUAGGGUCCCACACUACGCAGUCGAUCACAAGAUGCUAAUUUGAGUUCAGUGUGAAGAAAAGUGAUAAUAUGCUGUGUGAAUCACCAUCGAAUGCCCCACUUGCCGGACGUUCCAGAACUGUGUGCAACUAAAGCGGAUGCUUCGGAAGAAACUUUCGAAAGCAAAGAGAAAGGACACUUCGGACUUAUGGAGAAUGAAAUGUCAAAACAAGAGUACCGGUAGCCGGCAAAAUAACCUUUCAGUGUUGACCUCUAAUGCUCGCAGCUGAUGUCGGGCAUGCGCAACAGACAUUGGGCUAUCCUAUCGGAACAGACACUAUCCGUGUGGUAAACAGUGAAGUUGUUCCGUUUGGAGCACAAACAAUUUUGCGUUUGGGUUUCAUCGUGAACCAUUGUGAAGUCUACACUGAUAAGCGUAAACCAUGCUGGAUCAUGUCCUGAGUUCUCUGGUUCAUUCGGUCAUCUGGAAUUACCAUCCCCUGCCCAGAUUAACAACAUAAUCAAUCAUCACUCGUUACUUCAUUGCCUCCAAAGAUCUACGUUCAGUCGAGCACCAAUUACACUUGAGAGCGGGCGUGCAAGGUUCACAAAAUGCCUGCGCUACGAUGUGUAGCCAUCGGUGCGGCCUUGAUAGCCGUGAGCAUGGCUAGCAAAUUAUUCAUCGUCGGACCAGAUUCUUUUCGUUCCAAUCAAAACUAUACUGUGGCGAUACAAAAUUUGCAAAGCAAAACCGUUACAGUAGCGGCCUAUUUCGAAGGAUUCAGCGUAGAGAGAAGUCUGUUUAAUAUUAGAAAACAUAUUUUUUUGCGCCCGACUAAGGCAGGGUCGAUCACAUUUCAGAUACCCUUCAACGAAUCAACUGUAAGUGGGAAACUAACAAUCGAAGGAAUAAACCGCCUCGUUGUCCGCGAAUCAAUCGAUUUGGAAUACAAAUCGAAAUCCAUCCACGGGUUCAUACAGCUUAGCAAACCCGUCUACAAACCAGAAAACAUUGUUCAGUUCCGUGUGAUUGUGUUAAAUUCUGAUCUGAAGCCUCCUUCGGGCACGAAUUUGGUGACUGUAACCGUACAGGACCCGGUCGCUAACACCAUUCGUCAAUGGGACGAUGUUCGACUGUACAACGGAGUUUUUGAUGCAGAAAUGGACACAAAUUCCUCCUUUCUACCAGGCUCUUACAACAUCAAAGUUGAAACAAACAAGGAGCAAUUGGUUUCCAAAACGUUCGCUGUUGAGGAUUAUGUGUUAUUCCCGAUCGAAGUGGAUGUCACUCUAACAACAUUUCCUCUCGUGGAACACCAAGCACUGAAUCUUACGAUAUCGGCCAACUAUUACUUCGGCAAGCCAAUCGACGGAACUGUGAAGAUAGAGCUUUAUGGAAACGAUGAAUUACAAAUAUCUGGAGAGUCUACGGAACAGGAAGUCAACGGAAUACUCACAGUUCACCUUCCAUUUGCUAAACGGUUGAAUAUUGAACCGCUUGAACAGAAUGUGAAGGUUCAUGUCAAUUUCACCGAAAAAGACACAAAUCGUACAAUGAACAAGACAUACAGCUAUAAGGUGUACAAGUACAAGUACCAAGCUAAGUUGGAACAAGUUACCAAAGAUCACGAAUCCGAAUAUACUCUUAAGAUCACUCAUGGCGAUACGCCAGCAAAAGCGGUGACUGUUCUAGUGGAAGAAGGCAGUUUGUCUUCGAAAAACUACACAACUGACGAGGAAGGCAUCAUCAACCUGUCUUUGAAGCCGUUCAACUCGACCCAGCUUUUCCGUGUUUCAUAUGAACGUGAUGAAAUAUUGUCCGUAAGAAUCGAUCCGCUGGAAAAGAAGUUCAGCCCAUACAUUACUGUUAGAUUAAAAUCAGAUGUUAAACGUAAUGAAAAGGCGCGUGUUAAUAUCUCAUGCUCUCAUCGGAUGACGUUCGUCACAAUCUACGUUGUGUCCAAAGGAAAUAUUAUUGAGAUAAAAUACAUUCGGCUAACAGGAAGUUUUACACACAACUUUGGUUUGAAUGUGACCGAUAAGAUGCUGCCUAGAUCAACAAUUUUAGUCGUAACCAUCGUGGACGAGACUAUUGUUUACGAGCACGUGUACAUCGAGUUUAACGAAUUCGCUAAUAACUUUGAUCUCCGGUUGAUGGAUGAAGGAGCUGAGGUGAGGCCCGGUGAACAAAUUGAGCUAAACAUUACGGCACCGAAAAGAGCAUACGUGGCUCUUAUGGCGUAUGAAAAAUCAUUUUUAAACCACCAUGGCAGAGACCACGAUAUUUACUUCGAAGAUAUUCGGAAGAUAUUUGAUCAAUUCCACGGAAUUGAUGAGAACAAUUACAAUUUUUUUCAUACCUUGGGACUAUUUAGUCGACCAGUAAUCAGUUAUCCCAUGAGCGGUGGCCGAUCUUCCCGUCAAGCUGCUAGCCACACCUCUACCAGCCACAGAAAAAGCAGUAAAAUUAUAUGGAGGGCUGGCCUCAGACAUAACUGGUUAUGGAAGAAUAUAACUAUUUCUGAUACCAACCAAAAAACGCUCAUUGAACAUUUACCAAACGCACUCACAUCGUGGUACUUGUCUGGAUUCUCGAUCGAUCCAGUGCAUGGGUUUGGAAUCAUCAAGAAACCCCUGGAGCUAUCCAGUGUGCAGCCGUUUUGCAUUGUCGAUUAUUUGCCGAAUUCUAUCAAGCUUGGCGAGAAGGUUCAGCUGCGAUUUACACUAUUCAGCGCAAUUGGGGGCGAGUACAAAGCGGAUGUUACGUUGUAUAAUGUAAACAAAACAAUCGAGUUCUUCGAUCGUCCCGCUGGUGAUGACUACUACACAAAGUAUCUAUUGGUUCCUACAAAGGUUGGCGUCCCGGUUUCGUUCUGGGUGAAAGCAACACAAACAGGGAAGAUGAUUGUUCGUGUAAAAGCUUCAAUCCCAGACGUUGCAGAACACGAUGGCCUCGAGCAGAUCAUUCGUGUAGAGUAGUGUCGGGAGUUCCCUGGUGCAUAUACCCGGAGAGCUCCGUUCCGACAAAAAAUGCGGUGCACCCGCUCCGAAUAAAGGAACGAUCUAGGUUCAUUGGAAUCAAAAUCGCAUGCUUCACCAGGCCGUAAUUAUCACAU